CCUGCCGUGGGAGUCACUGCGUGUCCGCUCCCAGGUGAUGCAGCACCCCACGGACGCCAGGCAGCUGCUGGGCCUGCACAGCAACGGGAAGGACGCGAGUGUUCAAGUGGCUGAAAUCAGCAUCUGCUCCCUCUCCAGCCAGCCCAUUGACCACGAGGACGGCAGCGUCCCCUCUGGCCCCAAGAUCAAAGCCUCGGAUCGCUCCCCCGACAUGGAUAACUACUCGGAGGAGGAGGACGAGAGCUUCUCCUCCGAGCAGGAGGCCAGUGACGAUGCUGUGCAGGGCCAGGUAAGGGUGGGCAGGGCCUGCUGCCUGCCCUCUGGGGGGGGGACACCCGCAGGGCCCUGGGGCAGGAGGAUGGGACG